UCUGUCGGCAAGCAGAGUUUUGAGGGGAAGGCUAGGUUUCCAGCUUGGAUGGUGUUCCUCAGUAGCUAAACCAGAUGCCUUCAUUAGCCAGUGGUGGAGCAGUGAAGCUGUCUGUGCUGUUGUGCUCCUCUGAGGAGAGCCUGGCUGCACUGACUCUCUCUCACAGGAAGAACUGGAGCAUUUCAGCAAGCAACAAGCCAUGCAAGUCACAGAAGCCAGCAGUAGCUCAAAUGGAAGCACUGAGAACCUGGCUUCCACUCUUGUAACUUGCACAGAAACAGUGACUUUCACUGAAGGACUGGAGGAAGAGGAAUGGGGAUCCUUUUAUUAUUCCUUCAAGACAGAACAGCUUGUUACCCUUUGGAUUCUUUUUGUCGUAACAAUUGUUGGGAACUCCAUUGUUUUGCUCUCCAUCUGGAAGAGAAAGAGGAAAUCCAGAAUGACCUUUUUUGUUACUCAGCUAGCCAUAACAGAUUGUUUUACAGGCUUCAUAAAUAUAAUGACUGAUAUAAUUUGGCGCUUCACUGGAGAUUUCAUGGCCCCUGACCUCGUCUGCCGAAUAGUUCGCUAUUUGCAGGUUGUACUACUGUAUGCCUCAACUUACAUCUUGGUAUCGCUAAGUAUAGACAGAUAUCAUGCCAUAGUGUAUCCAAUGAAGUUCUUUCAAGGAGAAAGGCAGGCAAAAGUUCUCAUUGUGGUCGCUUGGAGUCUCUCUUUCCUGUUCUCCAUUCCCACUCUGAUCAUAUUCGGAAAGCAGCAACUGUCCAAUGGGGAAGUUCAGUGUUGGGCUACCUGGCCAGAUGACUCUUAUUGGAUCCCCUACAUGACCACAGUUGCCUUCCUAGUAUAUUUUAUUCCUCUGAUUAUUAUCAGCGUUAUUUAUUUCAUUGUGAUUCGGACAAUAUGGACCAAGAGUAAAGCCCAUGCUAUAAUUGUAACUAACCGUGCUGAUGGCAAAUUCUGUGCUAGCUACACUCAUCGGGGACUCAUAUCAAAGGCUAAAAUCAAAGCUAUCAAGUACAGUGUGGUAAUAGUUCUUGCAUUUGUGCUCUGCUGGAGUCCUUAUUUUCUCUUUGAUAUCCUGGACAACUUCAGCGUCCUCCCAGAAACCAAAGAACGCUUCUAUGCAGCUGUGAUUAUUCAGAAUCUUCCAGUUUUGAACAGUGCCAUCAACCCGAUCAUAUACUGCGUCUUCAGCAACACCCUUUUCAUCUCUUUUAGGGCUGGCAUCAAGGAUCAGCCCAUUUGGACCCCGAUUGAGGGUCCAUAUGGGUGCCUCCAGAAAACGGUUGUGUACCCUUCUCUGCAAGUCUCUCACAGCUCCACUAUCUUUUCUCACCUGCCUCCUCAUCUGCAAAGGCAAAGAAGAUCAGGAAACCUGGGAACUUUCAGAGACCGGACAGAAGGACAGGAGAUGCAAGUUCUAUCUAAGCCAGGAUAUAUUUAAAGAGCAUAUGUGAUUAGAGAGACUACACUGAUUCUGAAGGACAAAAGUAAAAAUCUCAUCUGUGUUUUGGGAAAUGGAAGUGGAAAUAUCACUUAUCGUUCAGCCAUGCAGCCAAUGUAUAUUCUACCCAGGCAAAAGUUGAACUUGCAAGACUUACCUCAGAUUUGGAGCUAAUCCUAGCUUUUCAGACACAUUGUGAUUGUUCCCACAUGGUAUAGUGUAAAGAACUUGCAUCUGUAUGAGAACAUUAUAUUAAAGGUGGUAUCAGAUUUGUGUGGCAUUAUAUACAAUUCUUUGUACAUACUCAGAUGUUCUUUUCUGAACAUCUGAGUUCUGUAAGUGGACAAAACAGGACUGUAAACAGCAUAUUCCAGGCAGGCCUUCCCACCUCUCUGGUGCAAUAAUUCUUUCCUGGAUUAGGCUGAACUGCUAGUAUGGUCUGGCUGGAGCCAGACCCUAAGAAGUGCUACAAAUUGAGCCUAUACUCAUGUGUGGUGGAAACUGGGCUAAGGGAGCCCAGCCUGGUUUUCCAGCAUCAAGCCCUCUUAAACCCUCCCCACAAAAUGAAUUUAGCAGAGUGAAUGCUCUGCUAAUCCGAUUUACCUGGUCUGCAGCAACUCAUGAGGAGACACCCCCCCCCGACUGGGAGGCUAGAACAAGCCUCCCAGCAUCAGGGGACUCCUCAGAAUGCCCCGCACACUCAUGCAGGGCAUUCUGAGACUUGUGGGAGCCAGGAGGCCCUUAAUCCCGGUUGCCCUUACUGGCUGAUGGAGCCAGUAAUCAUGUGAUGGAGCCAGUAAUACUGUGAUGGAGCCAGUAAUCAUGUGGGCAGCCAUUCCGGCCACCCAGGGCAAGCUGCAUGCUCAUGUGCGGGGAGAGCGGGUCAAGCCCACUCUCCUCGUAAACCCCCUGCAGGCUCUCCAAACUGCUCGUGUGGAGAGCCUUAUUGACGAUGCUCCUAGGAACUAGAUGUUAAGAAUGAAAGAAGGGGUUGCCACACCCUCUGCUGGUGAUAAUUGUAAACAUGCCUGUAUUCUUAGUGAUCAAUCUGGUAUUUUUAUCAGUAUUUCUGUGGCAUUUUCAGUAUAAUAAUGUGAAUUAUUUAAAUAAUCAUUUUUCACUAAUGGAUAAAAAAUAAUUAUAAACCCAAGUAGUUAAACUGGAGUAGUUGACUACUAAUCAGAGUAGUUUAACUACAUAGUUUCAACUACUUAGGUUGCUUUUUAUGGACCCAGGGAAACUCUGUAACAGCUGUUCAUAGUACCUUCUUCUAGAACAGUCGUGGAAGUGUGAGUGGAUAGGAGUGCACUUUUCUUUUGUAAACAAAAAGUCAGGGAAAAAUGUGCAAUUGCAUGUGGUAUGUACUUUGGCCCUGAUAUUUCACUAAAGCAAACAUAGAAACAUUUCAGUAAUGCUAUAUUUUAGUAUUUUAAUUAAUGGAUGCUCUGGUUUGUUUCAACCAAGUCUUUAAAUUUGUAUGUAACUUCAGAAGGCACACCAGCGUGAUUUAUAGAAUAGUGUAGAAAAACUCCUCCAUUCUCUAUUCUAAAACACCGUCAACAAACAUAUAUUUGGGGGGGGGGCAGAGAGGGAAAUGAAGUUCUUUACAAGAUAGACAGAUGAACUGAAGAACAGAGAGGAAUACAGGUGGAAGAGUAAUAGGAGGACCACAAAUUUGUGUGGGCAUGCAAAUGGCCUCUGCACAUGUGUGGAGGUCCACUCAAAUGGCCUCCACGCUUCUGCAGAAUCUGGAAUCGUGCUGCAGCCAUGAUGGAACCUGUGCUGCUGGGGGCAGGGGAGUCCCGGAGGAGCUUAGAGCAGCUGUGCCACUGAAGCAGAUGAGGUGCCCUCUCACCUCCCCCACCAGCUGCCCAACACUCUUAAAGCUUUCCCUCAUCUCCUUUGCAUUCCCCUUUACAAGCAUAGCCAUCAAACCAGAUUGAACUGGGUUGAACCGGUCUGAAUUGGACCAGGCCCUGUCCGGUUCAGACUUGGACCAGUUGCCUUUUAUGUGGGCCAGUCUGGUUCAAGUUCAAACCGGUUGAACCAGGCCAGUUACAAUCAAACUGAGUUUGAUUUGAACUAGUUUUGCACACCCCUACUCUAGAGUGAUCUGCCACAAAUACCACUUUCUCUACCACUUCCAGGUUAGCAACUGAGAAGGGGAAGUCUCUUGGGGGAAAGCUUUGGAUCCAAUUUCUGACCCCUAGCUUAGAGUCCCACAGGUUGACAAGCUGGGCUUCUCCUGGGAAUUCCCCACAGUUUUAUUAUUAUUGUCUUUCAAACAAAUCUCAGUUUUAAAAUGUUGACUCCUAUUGCUAUCUUUCCUAUAAACACUUUGGAAGACUUUGUUGACUCUGAAAAAGUACACCGAUGUCACUUUCAGCUUGGCUGCUAUUCAUGAAAUGGUGUUCCUGCCAUGGCCGAAGCUUCAGUUCACCCUACAAGUGCAUGUAGUGUUGUUUCUUCUAAUUCCAGUUCUAGUUUUUGUCCUACUGGUUUGCAAAGUUCUCAGUAGGAACAGAUACUAUUUACCAUAUUGACUCUGAAUACAAGCAUCCUGAUCCUUUAAAUAUAGAUCCUAAAUACAAGAAAACUCUUUUGUAAAAACAAAAAACAAAAAAUGUAUAUAUUGUUUUUAAAUAAAUGAAUGCAUUAAAAUGCU